GCCCCAUACCUUCCCUCUCCUCCAACCCCUCUGCCCGCUUCCAACUCGCCCAAACUCGCCGGAAUCGGGCGAGUUCGCCCUCAACAAAUCCCAUGGUCCCCCUCUCUCUUCUCCUUCUUCCACGUCAUUCAUUCCGUACUAAAUCUCAUCAUUUCAAUCCGAUUCACACGGAUUUCUUCUUUUAUUUCUUUUGUUUAAACACAAAUCCGAGGCCCUUGAAUAAAUUUGGGAGAAAUGGAAACCAUUGGAUAAAGAUUUUUGUCCAAAGUCUCCAUUUUUCCAAUUUUUGUUUGUGAAAGGGGGAUUUUCGGAUUUGAUUUUGGGGUCCCACACGAUUUCUUGCUGAGGAAGAAGAAGCUUCGAGAGAGGGUAUAUUUGGAGCCUUUAGACAGAGAAGAAAAGGUGAAAAAGUUCUAGGGUUUUGAUACUGGAUUUCGACAUUUCUCUUCUGAUUUUCGAUUUUUCAUACAAAAAAAGAAUUGAAUUCUUCUUGGUUUGAAUUUGACUCCCACUUCGAAAAAUACAAAAAAAAUGAUCUUUUUCAGUUCUGUUUUGAUUCUCUUUCAUGGAGUUCAACUGAGGCAUUGUGGAGCUUUGAGGUUUUGUUAGCCGUUCGAGUUGGCUCGCGAUUCCGUUCGAGUUAAAUUUGUUCGUGUAAUUGUUGGAAUAUCUUUAUUAAUCGAAAACCAGCCUUUCUCAGGUAUGAACCCGCUGAUUCGAUCCAAAGUGCUGAUGGUGGUAAAGAUUCCUAGGAAGUUGAUCAAGUGGUGGAAAAUGUUUUCAUCGUUAGAGCAUCAUGAGUUAAUGCAGAAAUUGGGCACCCUAACUUCCCUUCUUGAUAUCACACCUCGCCCAGACUUAGUGGAGGCGAUGCUGACUUAUUGGGAUCCGCAAAAUUUGAUUUUCAGAUUUGGAGAGUGUGUGAUGACUCCUACCUUGGCGAAAAUAUCUGGUCUCACUUAUUUAAGCUAUAUAGGCAAGGACAUGAUACUUCCCCGAGACUACUCUAGGACAAGAUUCCUCAGCGACCUGGGCCUGAAAGAUAAUAAGCAUUUAAAAUGUCUCGAGCAGUCCUGGAUAUCCUUGGAUUAUUUGUUUGUUAGAUUUGGACCACAGGAUAGUUUUGACGUCUUUUGGGAUGAGUUCUGCACAACCAAGGCAAAGUGGCAAAGACAUCGCCUCGAAGCUUUCAGACUUGCUUUGUUGGGAUUAUUGGAUUUUCCAUUAGAUGAGAGGCACAUUAGCACCCGUCUACAGUCAGUGGUAAUGGCACUAUUUCAUGAGAAACAACGCAAAACCGUUACCGUUGUGCCGAUGAUCUUAGCAGAGUUGUACCGAGCCCUGAGUGAGGUUAAGGGAGGUGUCAGAUAUUUUGAGGGAAGUAACCUUUUGCUACAGUUGUGGAUGAUGGAUCAUUUGCACAUCGCUUCCUUACUUUGUCCCAUCGACCGUGCCUUAAGGGAUCGGGUGAUAUGCAUCGAACGUAGGAUGAAAUCUGCUAGGUUUACGUACCCAGUAGGCGUCACGGCUUGGAUUGAGUUCCUUGUUUUGAGGACAAAUGGGAAUGUUUUGUGGGCUUACCUUUGGCUACCUUUGGAUGAUAUCUUGGUAGGGUGCCUCAUGCUGCCUUUCCUGAUGCUGAUAGGACUUAAGUGUGUCUGAUUAUAUACUCCCAUUAGGGUAAUGCGGCAAUUGGGCAGAAGAUAAGAGGAUCCUCCAACUUUGAAUCUUCGGAGGCACAUCAUAAAUUUUAGCAAAAAGGCGGCUGAUGAAAUCAAGUAUGUGCAAUACUGGAACAAUGCAAAGAGGAUGAAGAAAAAUACAUUAGUAGAGGACGUUGGCAGGCCCGAGUGUACUCAGGAGUACUUGAUUUGGUUACAGUCCGUCCCGCCAGGGGUCAGCACCCCAUUGCCAGCACAACUUAGGGGGCGGGCAAUUCAGAUAGAUGAUUUUGAGGAGGCAUCGGACCAAGAUCCCUGGGAUAAGCUUGAGUUGAUAAAGUCUCAGUUAGCGGGAUUGGCAGCAAACAUGGAGCAGCAUGGCCAGUAUUUGUUUAGGGUCGGACUUCAGGAUGCGAGGGCACACGCCAGGGCCUUUAUUCCCAGCAUCGAUGUUUCUUUACGAGGCAUGUUACAGAGUUUGAGCAUGAUGGACAACCCAGGAUCAUCCCAGCCAGGAUCAUCGCAUUCAAGAGCAGCUUGAGGAUUCAUUCUAUCUAGGUGUUUUGAGAUCGUCUUAUGUUGUCUUUUACUUUCGUGUCUUGACUAGAAGUACUAAGUCCUUUAGGUAGUGUCAAAGUUUGUCGUAGUGUAGUUGAGUCUGUCAGGUUUUUCAUUAUCACACUUCUUAUUGUAUUUUAAUAUCGAAAAGUUUUUAAAUGAAAAAUCCCAAAAAAGAUUUUGUUUUUAGUUUAUUUUCCA